AUGGCCGAGACUGUUGCCGACCUGACAGCCGCUGUCAACGCAGCCCUGUCCAAGCUCUCUCCCACCGAUGAUAUUCCUGACCCAGCUCGUCUCCAGCUCCUCGAGGCAUUGGACAAAUUGCGUGGGGUCGUCGAGCCCCCUAUCCAGUCCCUUCUGAACAUUUGCUGGGCGGCCCAUCCCCUGGUUGCUAUCCGAACUGCGAUUGGGAUGGGGGUGUUUGAUGCAUUUGCCGCUGCCGGCGGUGCUGAUUUGACUGUCAAUGAGUUGAACGAAAAGACCAAGGGCGACAAGGACCUGCUGGUCCGGAUCAUGCGGCUCCUAAGUGCCAAUCGUCUGUUCACUGAAACCGGGGUGGACAAAUACCAGCCUCAGCCCUUAGCGCUGGGCUUCGCGACUGGCGCCCCGCCCAGUGAGGUGAUCAAAAACUUUCAUAUGAUUUUGCGGGCCACAGCGUACACGCACGAAUUCUUGGAAGCCAGAGGGUACCAGAGCCCAGAUGACGCGUACGACACCCCCUUCCAGCGGGCGUACGGCACCAAGCUACACCAUUUUGAGUGGCUGGCGCAGCACCCAGAGGAGCAGCAUGCCUUCAACACGGUGAUGGAGACUGGCAAUCGGGCGGUGGAGGGCGAGCAGUGGUACGACUUCUACCCCUGGGAGGAGCGGCUGGCCAGUGAGGCAGACCGCGUGCUCCUGGUUGACAUCGGCGGGGGCAAGGGUCACGACCUCGUGCGCUUCAAGGAGAAGAAGAACCCCGCUGGCCGCCUGAUUUUGCAGGACCUCUCCGAGGUCAUCCAGGAUAUCCAGGCCCCGCUCACCCAGGGCAUCGAGGCCCAGGGCUACAGCAUGUUCGAUCCGCAGCCCGUCCGUGGCGCCAAGGCCUACUACAUGCGCACCGUGCUGCACGACUGGCCCGACAAGCAGGCCCUGCAAGCCCUGCAGCGCAUCCGAGAGGCGAUGGCCGACGAUUCGGUGCUGUUGAUCAACGAGAAUAGCGUGCCCGAGACCGGCGUUCCUCGGUUCAAUGCCAGCGUCGACCUCAUCAUGAUGACCACGUUCUCGUCUCUAGAGCGUACGGAAAAGCAAUGGUUGAGUCUUUUGGAGCGUGCCCAAUUCAAGGUCAUCAAGGUAUGGCGAGCGGAUAACCAGGGGGUGGGAUCUAAUGCUUUGUUUGAGGCUAUUCCUGUUUAG